GGCGGGGCGGCCCCCUCGGCGCAGUCGCGGUCGGUCGGGCGGUCUGUCGGUGUGUCCGUCCGUCCGUCCGUCGGUCGGCGGUGCUGUCGCCAUCAUGUCGCGGGAGUUCGAGCUGUGCCCCGGGCGGCGCGUCGGCGGCGACCAUCCGUGCUUCAUCAUCGCCGAGAUCGGGCAGAACCACCAGGGGGACCUGGACAUCGCCAAGCGCAUGAUCCGCAUGGCCAAGGAAUGCGGAGCAGACUGUGCUAAGUUUCAGAAGAGCGAACUGGAGUACAAAUUCAACAAGAAAGCCUUAGAGAGACCCUAUACCUCUAAACACUCCUGGGGAAAGACCUACGGGGAACACAAGCGCCACUUGGAGUUCAGCCAUGACCAAUACAGAGAGCUGAAGAAAUAUGCUGAGGAAAUAGGGAUUUUCUUCACAGCUUCUGGCAUGGACGAGAUGGCUGUGGAAUUUCUACAUGAACUGGAUGUUCCAUUUUUCAAAGUAGGAUCAGGAGAUACAAACAAUUUUCCAUAUUUGGAAAAGACUGCAAAGAAAGGACGCCCAAUGGUGAUUUCCAGCGGGAUGCAGUCGAUGAACACAAUGCACCAGGUUUAUCAGAUUGUGAAGCCCAUCAAUCCAAACUUCUGCUUCCUGCAAUGCACCAGUGCCUACCCGCUUCAGCCAGAGGAUGUCAAUCUCCGUGUUAUAUCGGCGUAUCAGUCAGCUUUUCCUGAUAUCCCUAUUGGAUAUUCAGGGCAUGAAACUGGCAUCGCCAUUUCAGUGGCAGCUGUGGCUAUGGGUGCAAAAGUAGUGGAACGCCACGUGACUCUUGACAAAACAUGGAAAGGAAGUGACCACCAAGCAUCCCUGGAGCCAAAUGAACUGGCAGAGUUAGUGAAAGCCAUCCGCACUGUGGAAAAAGCAAUGGGUUCGCCGAUUAAACAACUCCUGCCCUGUGAAAUGGCUUGCAAUGAAAAGGUAACUUUUGCUUUUGCUUCACAUGCAGCAUAA